AGACCGUUGCCAUUCUGGAAGAUUGGAAUACUAACGCGAAUGUCAAAACCUGAAUAACUUCUUCAUUAUCAUGGAAAUAGCAGUUAGUGCAGUGUAACGAUUUUCAUCCCCGGGACUCAUGUUUAUCCUUAAUGUAAUAUUUAACGUUUGAAAGAUAUAUCUAAAACGCUAGGGUCCUUGGUCCGUAGUUCAAAAAGUACUCAUUGUAAGCAAAUAUUCAAUGCCAUUGAACUUGAUUUUCGAACCAAUUUAAAAUAAAGAAAAAUAAAGAACUAUGGUGGUCAAACAAGUUUAGCUAUUUAGCUAAUGGGAAUCCGUUUAGAAAUGAGACAUUAUAAAACAAGUUAAAAUUGAGUCGAAUCUGGAAAUAAACAAUACAAAGUACACCGAAUCAACCAGACUUGAAAGAUUUAUUACGAUGCCUGAAGUAAACGUAACGAGACAGGGUCCUCUUGAAGAUAUAUAUGGGGCAGUGUAUGAUUUCUUUGAGGGAGAUGAAUGGAAAAUCAGUGUAAUAGGGAGCUAUCUGUUGAUGGUUGCUACGUUCUGGCUGACAAAUGCCCUACUGCUUUAUGGCGACUUUAACAGAAAGCCUGACUGGCUUAUGCAAUACAAAACACAGAGAGACGAGCAGGGUCCUUUAAAGAUUGACCCUAAGAAGCUAAAAAAUGCAGUGGUAUAUUCCGCCUUCAACAAUUUGUUCGUAAACCUACUAGUGGCCAUACCCCUCUACAGACUACAACAGUUACUUGGCAUCAGCUUUAAAGUUGAGGAAAUUCCCGGGGUUUUCGGAAUAGCGUUUCAUUUCACAGUUUUCGUUCUGGUUCAAGAGGUGGUGUUCUACUAUACGCACAGACUGUUGCACCAUCCGUUCCUUUACAAGCAUAUUCACAAGAAACACCACGAAUGGACUGCCCCUAUCGGAAUCGUAGCCAUCUAUGCGCAUCCCUUGGAAUACCUCACUGGCAACGGAUGGUCGAUCAUGGGUGGGCCAGCGUUGAUGCGUUCCCAUAUUGUCGUCUGGUGGAUUUGGUUUGUUAUCGCGACUGUAGUGACAUCUAUCCACCAUAGUGGGUACCAUCUACCACUGCUGCCAUCUAACGAGUUCCAUGACUACCAUCAUCUCAAAUUCAAUUGGAAUUUUGGCACGAUAGGCGUUCUAGAUUGGUUCCAUGGAACGGACGAGCAAUUCAAUAAGUCUGUAGAAAGCCGAAGACAUCGAACCCUGUAUGGUACAAAACCCAUAUAUGAGGUCAUCAGGGACGUUAAGAAACGACAAUAGUUUCUCCUGUGGGAGAUCUACUUAGAAUUAUGACGUCAAGACCACGUGGAUUCUUAAAUGGUCAAGAACACUGCAUUGGUUGUUUACUUGUAUUGGACAAUGAAAUUGUGCAUACGCCCUAGUAACGAGGGAAUUAAGAUGUAGUUUUAUCACGCGGUCCUAACUUCGAC